AUUGGGAAAAAACAAAUUUUUAAUCGGGAAAAAGGAAGAAAGAAGUUUGAGAAAUCUGGUCCGACCCCUGUUCUCUGUCUCUCUGACAUAAAUAAGCCCACCACACCAUUACCACACUCUACUCUCUGCUCCCUCCCACUCUCAUUACUCUCUGCUGCCUGCUUCCUUCUCCCUCCUUCUCUCGAGCUCCGAGAGAGAGAGAGAGAGCCCUUUUCGCAUAUACCAAUAUAGCAAGAAAGAAAGAGAAAGAGGGAAAUAGAGACGUUGGUCUGUGUCUCCUCCUCCACCGUACGAUUCGCUUUGGAAACCAUAAUAAGGAGCUCGAGAGUGAGUGAAUUGCUACUUGCUGGGGCGCUUCAACAGAGAUAGAGAAGAAGAAACACAGAGCAAGCAGCAGAUACAGAGAGGGAGUGAAGAAAGAAGAAGCAGUAAUGGCGAGUAAGGGAGGAGGAGGAGAAGAAGAAGGAUACAAGCUAGUUUUCGCUGUUUCUCUGUUGCUGUUUUCGCUUCCGGCACUCUGGAAGUUAAAGACUCAUCCAAGUCCUCCAUUUGCAGUUCUGUGUAGAGGAAGCAUAGUGGGAGUUUGUUACGGAAGAAAUGCCGACGAUCUUCCAACGCCUGAUAAAGCCGUGGACCUCAUUCAGCAGCAUAACAUCAAGUACGCAAGGAUAUACGAUGCGAACAUCCAAGUUCUCAAGGCAUUCGCCAACACUGGGAUCGAGCUCAUGAUCGGGAUAUCAAACUCUGACUUGCUCCCUUUCUCCCAGUUCCAAUCCAAUGCCGACACGUGGCUCAAGAACAACAUUCUCCCGUACUACCCCGCCACAAAGAUCACAUACAUCACAGUUGGUGCAGAAGUCACUGAAGCACCGAGCAAUGAAUCAGCUCUGGUUGUACCCGCGAUGCACAACAUCCUCACGUCGCUUAAAAAGCUCGGCUUGCACAAGAAGAUUAAGGUUUCAACCACGCAUUCCCUCGGCGUCUUGUCUCGUUCUUUCCCACCUUCAGCUGGUGCCUUCAGCAGCAAGCAUGCGUUCUUCCUUAAACCUUUACUGGAGUUCCUUGCCGAUAACCAAUCCCCUUUCAUGAUUGACAUCUACCCUUACUAUGCAUUCAGAGAUUCACCAAACAACGUGUCCUUGGAUUAUGCCUUGUUCCAGUCCUCCUCUGAAGUUAUUGACCCGAACACUGGCUUGCUCUAUACCAACAUGUUCGAUGCCCAAAUAGAUGCUCUCUAUUUCGCAUUGAUGGCCCUCAACUUCAGAACAAUCAAGGUUAUGGUGACUGAGACAGGGUGGCCAUCGAAAGGGUCGCCUAAGGAGACCGCUGCAACUCCUGAUAAUGCCCAAAUCUACAAUGCCAACUUGAUCCGACACGUGGUCAAUGACACAGGGACUCCUGCCAAGCCAGGGGAGGCUGUGGAUACAUACAUCUUCUCGCUGUUCAACGAGAACAGGAAGCCUGGGUUGGAGUCGGAGAGAAACUGGGGUCUGUUUUAUCCUGAUCAGACGAGUGUUUACAAUCUGGAUUUUAGUGGGAGAGGUGCUGUGGCAGGCAUGCCAUCGCCUAGCACGAAUGGGAGUGCCAGUGGUUUCAAUGGGGCUACUAAGACUUGGUGCAUUGCUUCCAGUAACGCAACACAGCUUGAUUUGCAGAAUGCAGUUGACUGGGCGUGUGGUACUGGGAACGUGGAUUGCUCCCCUAUUCAGCCGAGUCAGCCUUGUUUCCAGCCGGAUAAUCUGGCUUCUCAUGCCUCUUAUGCUUUCAAUGUUUACUACCAGCAGAAUGGAGCUACUGAUAUCGCUUGCACUUUUGGUGGCACCGGAAUUAGAGUUGACAAGGAUCCAAGCUAUGAUAACUGCUUGUAUAUGACAGCGGGGAGCAACAAAACUGGAGCUGGUAACACAACAGCUAUGACAUCAUCAUCCUCUAAAACAUCGUCGUCGUCACCGAGUCUGUCUAGGAAGUGGGCCUACAGCUUGAUUAUUGCAAUUCUUCUUCGGCUUCUGUGUUGAAGGUAAAUGUAAGCAUAGAUAGAAGGCGUCUGUGCAAGUGAAGGAAGAGAUUCUUUGUUUUUGACCAUGGAAGGAAAAAGACCUCUAGCCUGUAAAGCUCUUGUGGUUCGACGGCCCCAAUGGUGUUGUAUGAUAUAAUGAUCUUGAUGUAUCGAUGUUAGUUUUAGGAGAGAGCAUGGUAUGCAAAGACGAAUCCAUCUCUUGUAUUUUCGUUCUAGUCUUGAUCUAUUCAAAAGAAAUUGUUCAAGCGUUUCUCGCGGAUUCAAUUGCGGCAUAAUGUGCAGAAAAUCUGAACACUAAUGCUAUUGGCUAAAUGAUCAUCGGAUUAGACCAAAAUCAGAUC